AUGUUGAGAUUGCUAGAGCUUCAAUCAAUUUUAGCCAUGGAGAGGCUUGCCAAAUGGGGCAGAACUGAGAUCUCUUCAGUCUGGACUAGACUAGAAGUGGCUGGAUGGACGAUUGAUGACCUGGAACUAUACUUCAAGAAUUUGCAUGAGUGUGUUGGUCCGUCGCAAAUCUCGCGGCCUGGUGCUCCGGGCCGAGGGGAUGUGCGUCAACACGUAACGUCCUCCUUUUGGAUGCGGUGCGGUUGUGCGCGGGCGUGCCAGCACGGUCUACCGUGCAUCGAGGUGAUGAUGAGGUUCGAGUAG